UUUCCAGGUGAAUUCCACAAAGAUUGAAAGAGUGCCUUUCAAUUGGAGUGUGAGGAAGAGGCCAAGGCAUCCAGUGCGGGUGAUUUGUCUCUAUCCACGGCCAAAGGACCACUUCUUGAAGUUGUUCUGGCCAACCUUCUUGUUUGUCAUCAAACAGAAGGGUUAUCUUGUGUGUGUCAUUGCGUGCAAAUUGAUCUUCGACAUUGAUUCUUGAUUGAGGUCUUCGUGUUCUUGGAACGUUCAUCCCAUUCACGCAUCAACUUGGUAUCAGAGCUUAAGUUCUGAGUAGGGACCAGGACGAAAGAAGCAUAAAGAAAGCAGGUAACAAGCCAUUUUACACAUUCUGGCAUAGGGUGAUCAGAGAGAAAGUUAUAGUGCGAUUUUGUUUCAAUUUCGUCAAUACAGGAAUUCAGAAAACCAAAGAUUGAAGAACAAACAAGCAGUCAUUCAUUUUCAUUCAACCAGAAACCUUUGAACAUUGAUUUGUUUGCAACAAAUUUGUUCUACUUCCUGUAUGAUUGGCUAAACUUGAUCAUAAUCAAAAGAUUUUGGGGUAACAAUUCAAAAAUCCAAGUGUUGCUUGUUAAAUUCUCAUUGCUGUCAGAAGGUAAUGAACCUUCCUGUACUGAGGUUCUGAUUUGUUGUGCACCUAAAGUUCUUACUCAUUGUUUGCUGCAUUUGAGUCUUUAUAGAUAAUUGAACACAUUAGAUAGUUUGAUUUUUGUUAGGUUGUAAUUUUGCAUUGGCUAACAUCAUAUUCAUCUCAUACUUGCAUCAUAUUCAUCAUAUUCAGCAACCAUCAGCAUACUUGCAUCAUCAUCAUCAUAUAUACAUCAAACAUCAUCAUACUUGCAUCAUCAUCAUCAUAUAUGCAUCAACGUGGUAUCAUAUAUCUAAACUCUUAGUGCUUGAAGAAAAAUUGAGAUUUUUCGUUGUGAAGAAAAAAAGGUGCAAGUGUUUUCAAAACUGCACAAACAGGACUGUCUGUUUGGGACUUCUGUCAUAACUUUUUGUGUAAUCAAAAUCUCGUUAAAUCCUUUUGGCAUAUCAAAUAAUUGCAUCUAAACUUCUGAUUCUUGAAAGCACAUUUUGAUUUUAUCAUAAAGAGAAAAUUUGGCGCAAACGUUUUUCCAAAACUGCAGAAACAGAAUCCUGAUUUUCAAGAUUCUGAUCUUGCUGUGCACAAGGAGUAUUUCUGAUCUCUUUUUCACUCCUUUGCAUUUUGAUUAGAUCACAUAAUAGGUUUGCAAUAGUAUCUCAUUUGAUGUUACUUAUAAGUUGAUUUUUACUUGAUCAAUUGGGUGCUGCACAUUGCAUUCAAUCACAAAAGUCAAAAUACUAAGAAACUGUUCUUAGUUGAUCAAGUGUCUUGCUGUUCACAGUUGUUUUUCCUUUUGAUUUUAUGCAUUUUCUAUCUUUAAUAAUUAGAUAGAAUAAGGAUUUACAUUAGCAUUUCAUUUAACUCUAAGUACGAGUUGAUUUUGCUGCUUUGUGCAUCAGAACACUGAACAUUCAGAAUCUGAUUGUUGUUGUGAUCAGAUAAGUCUUACUGCAUUCCUUCUGUAUAAGUUUUCUUGAGCAUUUUGGAUCCUUGUCAGUACAUAGAUCAUAAUCUUGUUUACAUUAGAUCCUAUUACAUACUAGAACAAUCAAUUCAGCCUUGAGAUUGAAGUCUCUUUACUGAACAAGAGACAUUGAUUGUAUGUUCAGUGUGCUGUUGUUUCUGAAAACUGAGGUGGUGUUUCUGUGUUGUUUCUAUGCCUACGUCUCUGUCCUGUAAAUUGAUGUGGUAAUUUUUAGUAGCAAAUUUGUUCUCCUUUUAAUGUGAUUGAUUAGAAUUGAUCAUAGUCAAAAGAUUUUGAUGCAACAACUCCAAAAAUUCAGAAAAUUCCUACUGAAUCCUCACUGCUGGCAGAAGGUAAUACACUUCUCUAUACAAGUUUCUGGAUUACUGGAUAUUUGAAGCUCGGAUCUGUAUCUGUGGCAUUAGAUUGCUUCGUAUUUGUGUAGGUUUUAUUUUUUUUUUUUGCAUAUAGGUACAACUCUCACACCUAUAGAUUUAAAAUUUUCCAUUACUUGCAAAACAUAUUACAUUUCUGCUGAGAUCUUGUUUUGAUUUGUGCAUUCAUCUACGUUUUGUUCUUGAAGCAUUAAUAAUAAAUACACCUUGCUGAAAUCUCUGAACAUUUUUUACAUUUCUUGUUGUUGACAGCAAGUAUAUUUUGCAUUUUCUCUGUGUUCUGGUUUUUGUUUGUGCAAGUAAAUCAUUGCAAGACCUGCUGCCAUCAUUUAGUAUUCUUAAAUAUCAACAAUAAGCCCAUUUUGGUUACAUCUGAACACUUUGUUUUUCUUGACCACAACAGAAGGUGUGAACCAUCUGUAUUGUGUUGAUUGUUGCAGACCACCAGUUUUCUGUGUUGAGUGCUAGCAAAGUAUUUGUUCCCUUUGUGUUUGUGUGUGUGUUAGUUAGCUGCUAUCAGAAGAUAACCAUCAGCUGUACUGUAUUCUUGUUAGUGCUGUGUACCUAACCCUUGUAUGAGCUACUGCAUUAUAAAGUGUUGAUUCAUAUAUGUCUGUUUCCUGAAUAUCAAUCGUGAAUACAUAUUGUGUGCACCUGAAUUCUUGAUUCAUUCGUUGCUGUCAGGAAGUGUACAUUCAUUUGUAUAUUGUCUUGGUACUAUUUUACAAGUGAGACAACACAUUAUUUGCUGCGAUGGCUUUAGCUAUCCAACAGCCCUCACAAACAGUGGCUAGGUUAGCCAUAAACCAAAAUGAAGGAAAGUUAACAAAUCUUAAACCCCCAUCUCCAUGUAAGACCAUGACUACUCCUACAAAACUAAACAAAACAAGUUAUGUUCCGAAUGAACGUGACUGUCACGAGGGAGUUCAGAUUUUUUUUAAAAGAGGAUCUAGGCGUUUGAUCAUAAAGAAAACUAGUAAGGAUCAAACCCAAUUACAAGCCAAAGCAAUAAAAACAAUAGAGGACAAGGAACCUAUACCACAGCUUAUACAUACUCAUGAUGAAGAAAUUCAGAAUGAGAAGGAAACUGCGCAUCUGCCCAUUAAAGAAAUUAGUGAGAACCAAGUCCAACAAAAGACCAAAACCUUGAAAACAGCAGAGGAUGAAACAGUAGAUGUUGAGUUGAUUCAGCCUAUGAAUAUUGAUGAUAUUGAAAUAAACAAAAUGCAUGUGGAAAACUCAUCUACAUACUGUGAUCAAGUCAAACAGCAAACCAACAUAUUGAAUUCAUCAGAGUAUGAAACAUUAGAUACUGAAUUAAUCAAAAUUAUACCUAUUGAUGAUGUUGAGUUAAACAAUCUGCAUUUGCAAGCUUCAUCUACAUGCUGUGAGAUGAAUGGUUUUUAUUUCAUAGAUGUGAUUACUAACUUUUCUUAUGGUUGUAGGUCCCAUACAAAUAUUGAACAAAAGACUGAAAAGCUACUGCAAAUGCAAGAGGAAUUCAGGCAUGAGGAGCUGCAGGAUGGAACUUUGUUAAGGAAGCAUUUGAACCUACUGCACAGCUAUGGGAUCUCAAAGACUUUCAACUUGGAUGAUUCAAAAAAGCAUGAGAGCCACGCAGAAUUGAGGACAAUUCUGUUUAAAGGAGGGAAUGAUCCAAAUAUGGGUAGCCCAAAAGCCAAGAUAAGCCAAGCCAAGACAAAUCGAGGAGGAUACAUGGCUGAGCAACCUACCAAUUGGAUGUUCACUAACUUACCUGUUGCCCUUGCUGACUUUUGCAUAAAGGCUAAGGAGGAUCAUCUUCAAAUGGGACUGAACAUCAUCAUGGAUGCAAGGAACAAGCAUACAUUAACAAAAGCAUGGCAUGAACAAAGAAGCAAGAACAGAAGGCUGAUUCCACGCAUACAAGUAAUAGAACAAGCAGAACACCCACCUUCCUGCCAGCCCACCUUGCGAGCAAUAGAACGCCUAGCUUGGUGUAUGUAUGAGCAUGGGAACUUGGAGGAUGGCAUCUCUAUACAUGGACCAAGAAGUUAAGGUCCAAGAACCAUGUUGAUAAUACUCACAGAGCCCACAAGAUCAGCUCCAAGGGCGUGUGUUCGCUUGACGUUUGAGAAUGGAUGAUCCAGUACUGCCAGCCAUCACAUGCUGAGCAGCAUUCCUUCAAGCCCUUCCACAGAGUCAACCUAAGCAUCCUAGGAUACACCAAGGGUAAUUUUGGAAUCUCUAUACAUGGACCUUUCCAUCAACACCUUAAGUGCCUCCUUACGAUCACAGUAAGACACCAAGAAUUGAUGCUGAAGGUUAGGCGUUCAAAGGAUAGUGCAACAGCAUGAAUCAAGCUCUUUUUCUGAUUUCUGUUUUUUUAAAAAACGUGUAAAUAUUAGCCACGUGUUAUUUUAGCCGUUAUUAUGGUUAGGCCUUGACUUAGCUCUUUUAGAAGGUAUCUUAGCUCUAUAAAUAAGAGGCGUAAUCCAUUGUAAUAGGACAAGUUUCAGAUUAAUCAAACGUUUUUCUUCAAAGUAAU